CACGUGGUCACGCGUUUAGCGCGACUUUCGUGUCCUUGCUAGCACGUCAUGUUCAGUUUGGCUUCAAAAGGCGCUCAUUAUCAUGUAGCAUCAACGAGAUCCAUCAGCAAUAUGGAUUUCUUAGAAGAUGAGGCUGAAGUCAGCUCCAACGAUGAUGUUCUCGUCCCAAGUUCUCAGACGGACGACAAUCCUCGAGCACGAAAACGUCAGCGCAAGAACCGUCAGGUUAGCGACUCAGAUGAAGGUGUAUACGACCUACCAUCACCUGAAAAAGCUGGCGAGGAAGGCGGCGACAAAGAGACUCGCAAAUCGAAAUAUGAAGAACGUAUCCACGUACCUUUUGCGGAGCGACAACCAGAUACAUUCGUAACACAAUUAACCCAACAAUGGUCGAGCCCGUCGAGGAUUAGAGGAGCACGCUGGAUGAAGCCUCACAACAGCCCGAGCGCUCCAACACCAAGGCUGGUAGCUCAAGCCAUGUCUGGAAACGUCGUAAGGUCGUUCACAGAUCAUUCCGCUGAUGAAUUUGAGGCCGAGGAGGAUGAUGAUAUUGCUCUGUUGGCGGCGUUUGAGGCCGUCGAAAGUGCUCGGCUGGUCAACAGCAAUGGCGGCAACACAAACCGCGCUUCUGUGAACAGGGAACCCCCUGCUCGAGGAGGUCUUGUAGAAAGGUCGACUUCAUUCCGCCAGACUACUUUGCAUGGAAUUCACACAACCCAACAAGACCCUCCUCGAACGCAGUCACAAGCCCGGGCACAUAAUUGGCCUCUAGCCAAACGCAAUGAGCCGCCUACACAUCACAACAUUGACUGCGAGGCGAUGGAGACCUGGGUCUAUCCAACCAAUCUGGGCAGAAUCAGAGAUUACCAGUUCAACAUUGUUCACAAAGGACUAUUCCACAAUCUGCUAGUUGCUCUUCCGACUGGUCUGGGGAAAACGUUCAUCGCCGCAACAAUCAUGCUGAAUUGGUUCAGAUGGACAAAAGACGCUCAGAUGGUUUUUGUUGCGCCCACCAAGCCUCUAGUGUCUCAGCAAAUUGACGCAUGCUUCAACAUCGCCGGCAUUCCACGCUCUCAAACGACAAUGCUGACAGGCGAAGUAUCGCCCGGUAUUCGAGCAGAGGAGUGGCAAGAAAAAAGGGUAUUCUUUAUGACACCCCAGACUCUGAUCAAUGACUUGAAGAAUGGAAUGGCCGAUCCAAACAAGAUUGUUCUUGUUGUGAUCGACGAAGCACAUAAAGCAACCGGCAACUACGCAUAUGUUGAAGUGAUCAAAUUUCUCAGACGAUUCAACACAAGCUUCCGUGUUCUGGCCUUGACAGCCACACCGGGAGCGACCGUGGAAGCGGUACAGGAGGUAAUCGAUGGUCUUGGAAUCGCUAGAACCGAGAUCAGGACCGAAGACUCGCUCGACAUUCGCGAAUUCGUACAUACCAGAAACGUCGAGACCCAGGUUUUUGACAAUUCGGAGGAGAUCGCCAUGUCACUUGAAUUGUUCUCUGCAGCUGUGCAGCCUCUUUUGAAUAAGUUGAACUCUCAGAACGCAUACUGGGGGAAGGACCCUGAAAAAAUCACACUCUUUGGCCUGAAAAAGGCUCAUGAUCAGUGGAAGCUCUCCGAGCCGGGUAGAAGAGCCUCCCAUGGUAUAAAAGGAAUGGUCGCAGCAAUAAUGGCGGUGUUGAUGAGUUUAGCGCAUAGCCUCGAGCUCUUGAAAUACCAUGGAAUAGGGCCUUUCUAUCACAAGAUGAAACUUUUCGCAGACGGGGAGACCGGCAAUGGCAAGUAUGCAAAGCAAAUCAUCGAGGACGAUAAUUUCAAAAAACUGAUGAACCGCUUGAAAAUAUGGAUCAACGAUCCCAAUUUUGUGGGCCAUCCGAAGCUGUCAUACUUGAAGGAGGUCGUCUUGAAUCAUUUCAUGGAUGCUGGAGAGGGGCGAGGAGGCACUACGCAGCCAUCAAGCACCCGCAUCAUGAUCUUUGCACACUAUCGGGACAGUGCCGAAGAGAUUUCACGAGUGCUCAAUCGACAUGGGCCGAUGAUUCGAGCACACGUCUUUGUGGGUCAAUCUGGCACGAAGGGUUCUGAAGGCAUGGACCAGAAGACCCAGCUUGACAUCAUCAAAAAAUUCAAAGCCGGUACUUACAAUACCAUCGUUGCGACAUCGAUUGGCGAGGAAGGGCUUGAUAUCGGCGAAGUUGACCUUAUUGUCUGCUACGAUUGCUCCAAAUCGCCCAUCAGGAUGCUGCAGCGCAUGGGUCGUACCGGCAGAAAGCGAGCCGGUAAUAUCGUACUUCUGCUGAUGCGUGGGAAGGAGCACGACGACUACUACAAAGCAAAAGACAAUUAUCGAGUGAUGCAGGAGAAGAUUGAGAAUGGCAAGGAAUUUCAGUAUCAUGAGGACCUGUCCCCACGAAUUGUACCUAUGGAGAUCAAGCCGACAGUGGACAAACGUGUCGUGGAGAUUCCGAUAGAGAAUUCACAGCCUGGUCCGUUGGAGCCGAAGAGAAGAAAAGCAAAGAAUCCCAAAAAGCCACCGAAGAAGUUUCAUAUGCCAGAUGGAGUCGAGACUGGCUUCACUUUUCUUGGUAACAGCAAAAAGGAAUCAAAGUCCAAGGUCCCGCAGCCCAGUAAAGACAAUGAAGUUGCCUUGCUGGCCCCACUCGAAAAGGUCCUUUUGACAGCCGCAGAGGAGGAACAACUGGAUGAACGAUACGUUAGGUUGACAGGGACUGAAGAUGAGUACAUUCGGCACGUAAGGUUCGAUGCAUUCCCAGAACAACAGCAGCGCCUGGGCAAGACAACAGCCGUCAAGCACUCGAAGGCAACCGAGACGAUUGUGAAAGCUUUCAAGGCUAUGCGUGAUCCUUUUCAAGACUGGGAGCGACCCGCAGAAGAUCAAGAGCUCAAGGAUCUCGACGAGAAUGGAGCACCGACUGCGGAGAAGGCUAUCGCCACGCGCAAGCGAAAGCGCCCUGCAAAGCAACCAAGGCAAUCACUCAAUCCACCGUCUUCCGCGACAAACGGAUCUCCAGGUGAAUAUGACGGCAACGACAGCUUCAUCGACGAUGUUAGCUUGCCUCGAUCCGAUCUUGCCGCAGAUUCGAGCGAUCGAGACAUCUCACCACCAGAACCAUCGCCUGUGGCCGACAAGCCAUUCUGGAUCUCUCAAGAGAGUAUUGGCAUGGAAACGGGUGAAGAGGACCUACCCGAUAUCACGUCGCUUUUUGAGAAGAGUCAAGCAGCCGACGCAUUUCCAAUGAAUAUCCCCAAAGCAAAGGCGCCAAAAUCUGGCAGGGCACGGCGAGUCGUGGAAAGUGACGAUGAGGAUGAAUGAUGACCUGACAGAUCUAAGGGUGUCGGUGAGGCACUUAUGGCAUAGUGACUCGGGUAAUUCAGGAUAGGUGACUCUGGGUAGGCUUGAGCUGUAUGUUCCGUGAGUAUCACGAUGGUGUCAAAAGGUGUUCAAGAUGUUAGAGGCAUGUAGCGCUCGUACAGCGACCCGAGGGUGUAAUCCCGUGCCGGUUCGGAGUACUGCUCUCCCAUUUGGAGAAAAACAACACGCGCAUGCAUCCAUACUCACAGCAGCUCUACGUCAC